UCGCUUUGCAUCUGUCUCUAGCAAACCUGAUCCAUCCCCGCUCACUUUUGUCCGAUGGCGCUGCCGAACCAAGCCCCGGCCGAGAGCAGGAAUCCGAGGCGGCAGCUCAUUGUGGAAACUGAAGAAUUAGCACUUCUUAACCAAUCACUCUGAAGCUUUGAUUCUUCCCUGAGGCCUCUCAAGUUUUCUUCUUUGGAUAAUUUCUUUCUGCAGAGUGAGAUCUUUUUUCCAGUUCAGCCAUGACGACCUCAGCCUUGCGUCGACAAGUGAAAAACAUUGUGCACAAUUAUUCUGAAGCAGAAAUCAAGGUGCGUGAGGCCACCUCCAAUGACCCCUGGGGACCCCCCAGCUCUUUAAUGUCUGAGAUUGCUGACUUGACCUUCAAUACAGUGGCUUUUGCAGAGGUCAUGGGUAUGAUCUGGAGACGGCUGAAUGACAGUGGCAAGAACUGGCGUCAUGUCUACAAGGCCCUGACUCUUCUGGACUACCUCAUUAAAACAGGCUCAGAGAAGGUGGCUCAUCAGUGCCGGGAGAAUCUGUAUACCAUUCAGACUUUAAAGGAGUUCCAGUACAUAGACCGUGAUGGCAAAGACCAGGGCAUCAAUGUUCGUGAAAAGGUGAAGCAGGUGAUGAGCCUGCUGAAGGAUGAAGACAGGCUGAAGCAGGAAAGAGCCUACGCCCUGAAAACCAAAGAGCGGAUGUCCGUUGAAGGGAUGGGCAUUAGCAGCAGCAAUAGCAACAGCCACCAGCUUGCCUAUGGACGGCGGGCCUCACAGUAUGGCGAUGAUUACAGCAGAUCAAGAGGUUCUCCAUCCUCCUUUAAUUGUGAGUACUGCAAAGCUUCUUCAUCAUCACCUCGGUUCAACUCUGACCUGGAGCAGGCGAGGCCACAGACCACUGGUGAAGAGGAGCUCCAGCUCCAGCUUGCCCUGGCAAUGAGUCGAGAAGAAGCAGAAAAGCAGCCACUUCCUCCAGUCUCCAGCACAGAUGAAGAUUUGCAAUUACAGAUAGCGCUUACCCUGAGCAAACAAGAGCAUGAGAAGGAAGUUAAGGCAUGGAAAGGAGAAAAUUCAUUACUACAAAAGGCACUGGAAGAAAGUAACUUGGGUGUUGAGGAAGUUGAAGAAGAUGAUAAGGGAAAGAAAACACAGUCUUCUGUGUUGGAGCUGGCAGACAUUUUUGGACCAGCACCAGUCACCUCUACCCAUACUUCUGCUGACCCAUGGGAUAUUCCAGAUACCAAAUCUCCCGUGGAAUCAACAGGAACAUCAUGGGGUCCUUCUGCAGACCCUUGGGUGCCAUUACCUUCGGAGGAUCCUCUGACUCACUCUUCUGCUGGUCAAGCUUCUUCCAGCCCCUGGAAUCUUCCUCCUGUCUCUUCUGCCUCUGAUCCAUGGGGGAUAAAAUCAUUGCCUUCAGACAAUAGUACAUUUGACUUGUUUGCAAAAUUACCCGAAUCUGUGGACCAACCAGAACAUGAAAGUUCUCAGGCCUCGUCUUCUGUGAAAGCCAACAGCUCUGGAGAUGUGGAUCUGUUUGGUGACUUUAUUCCAAGCACCGCCGAGAAUGGAAUUCAAAAUAAAGAUAUUUUUGAUAUUACAAGUUUAGGAGAUUCUUUACCUGAUUCAAAGGACAACAAAACACCAGAGACCUUUCUUGGCCCCAAUGCCUCUUCCUUGGUUAACUUGGAUUCCUUGGUUAUUGUCCCCCAGAGCGUGAAGUCACGUAAUCCAUUUCUGGCAGGACUCAGUGCCCCUUCACCUACCAAUCCGUUUAAUGUUGAUCAGCCCAAACCAACUCUCAAUCAGAUGCGGACCAACUCCCCAGUGCCUAGUGUUCCUAUGGGGAUGCCAAUGAACUCUAUGACCUACAGUGCUUCUCUCCCUCUUCCGCUCAGUAGCAUCCCCUCAACGAUAACUCUCCCAGCCUCUGUGAGUGCCUUCCCUCAGGCUGGAGCAGGGCCUUUCCCAGAGCUACCUGGCAACCUGCCUCAACCUCUCCUACCACUCUCUGGCUCGAUCCCACCACCAUUAGCUUCACAAAGCGUGCCUGUCUCUCAGUCUCAAAUCCAGUCUGCAAAAUGGUGGAACUCAGCAACAUCAAACCCACUCCAGAACACUUGAAUGAACAUGAGAAAGCUUGGACUAUCUUGCAUGGUGGCAAAGGACUUUGUUAAUGUGUUUGGGAACUCUAUCCAUGAGAACCUUAAUAUUGGGCUUGAUGGCCUGGAUGCCUUUCAUUCAAGCUUAGAGUUGCUUUGAAAACAUUUGAUAUUUGUAAGCUUCUUUCAGUGAGUCUCUCCCCCGCCCAAGGUCUUCUAGGAUUAUUAUUGAAUGGAUGUGGUAUAAACCAGAAUGCUAGAAUACUGGUGGUAGAGCGUAAGCAUCCCAGAUACCAGCUGUGUCUUAAUUGACAAUUUCACUCAGCAUGCCAAUACAAGUUACAUCUGCAGGAUAUGAUGACUGUGGAGCACUGAUUCAGCUGCAAUGGGAGAGAAAUCAGGGCCACCCACGGAGAGCAAUCAUUGGGGCUUUUUAGCCUGUAUGUAAACACAAUGCAAUCAUACCAAUACAGAUUUUCAACCUAUAUAAAAUAAUGGGGGUGAUGAGAGAGUAAGAGGCCAAUAAAAAGCUCAAAUGUACUUGGUAAUUUAGAAUGUUUUACAUGCUCCUUUUAAGUGUUUAGUUAUAAGCAAGGGCAGGGGGCACGAGUGAGACUGCAAGAGUAAGCACGAAUGUACACAAAACAUCAAUCCCCUCCCCUAUUUACUUCUUUUAUUUCUACAUAUUGCUCCGAUUGGAACUGACUUUUGUGCUAUCUUUGAUCAUCGUGUAUUCUGAGUUAAAGUAAGAAUUUUUGCUUCCAUGCUCAAGGAGUAGAGGUUUUUCAUCCUGUUUGGCCGAUUCUAAAAUGUUCAGCAUAAACGUCCACCAAUGCAGUAGUAUUUUAAGAAAGCCACGGUGAUGUCAAAAUGACAUGUGUUCAGUGAAACUGGCUCCCCCAUUGACUUUGCUUCUCAGAAAGUUGCAAAAGGUGAUCACAUGAUCUGGGGACGCUGCAACCAUCAU